AUUUUAGCCCGUGUCCGUGUCUGUGAGAAUACUUGGAGAAAUUAUCAAGGAGAGGUACUUGUCGCUUGUGUUGUGUUAGAUUUAUUUGAGGGGUGGAUUAAGUGACAUUAGACUCGGGGAUUUUUCACAUCAGGGCAGCUGUGAAACUUGAAAUCAAAAACAAGGCAGAUAAGGAGACCAGCUUCAUUCAACAAGUUUGAAAAAGAUUUUCACUGAAUUGGACUUCAGUCUGCUGACAAUUGUAGAACGAUGGCUGCUAACAAGUGGAUCCUGAGCACCCUGGGGAAUGGCCCUGCUCGACGAAACCUGUUUGGCCCAGUCGACCGAGAGCUGCUGCAGGCGGAGUACCAAGCUGCCCUGCAGAAAGACCUGGAGGAGGCUUCACAGCGCUGGGGCUACGACUUCCUCUCGGACAAGCCACUGGAGAACAGUGAUUUCCAGUGGGAGGGAAUCCCAGGUACCAAGGUGCCGCUGCUCUACCGAUCCUGUAUGCUUGGUCUGGGACAGACAGAACGUCUGAGGCCAGCAGAGGCAAAAAUAAGGUCCAAGGGCGAAAGGGUGGAGCCACCACAGAGUGAGAAGGAGAACAUCCCAGGUACACCGAAGAGAUAUGCCUUCAACCUGGAGAACCUGGAGAAUACACCAGAGAAAAGAGAGAAUACAGGGUUGAAGAGGAAACAGACAAACAUUACAGAUUUCUAUCAGGCUAAAAGAAGAGUAGUUGGGAUGCCACGCAAAUCCGGCGAGUGAAUUUCGGCCCAGUUUACUGCAAAGGUGCCAAUAUUGCAAGACAACCACACAGACACUACUACACUCAGGAAUACUCCAUUCUGCACAGACUCUACACAGUCACUCACCGGGAGGUCCUGCACCCAGUGAAUCAUCUGUAAACAGAAGGGACCUCAGCUACCUAUGAUUACUACAGGAUAAAUUAGGGUACUGUAUUCACUCUGAGGGGGCUGGUGUUUUUCCCAGUGGUAAGAAGGGGACAUUUGAGCAGAGAAGAUUAACGGUAAUCUCUCGAAUCAGUGGAUUUAUACUCAUUUGGAUCAAGGGGAUGCCAAAGUGUUGAGUGACAUUUCCUACCGUACAUUCCACAGUGCUGAAAAUGUAGUCACAUCUCUGUUUAACUGAAACUCUGUACCUCUAGCAGUGCAGAGACAUGAUGAAUGAGCGUAUUAUUAUUACUGUACACACUUGAAACAGAUGUUAUGUCGGUUAACAUCAUACUGUCUCUAAAUGAAAUUGAGGAGUGUCUGUGACUAAACUGCAGAAUGAUUGAAAUGGUAGAGAAUGGAUGAAGCCCUUUGGCUCCUUUAUUCAAAUCCACUAAUGUUUUUUUUUCUACUAUGUUCUUUCUUUAUGUAUAUCAUGCGGGCAAGGAGUCUUUUUUCUUUUACAAGAACUUCCUGUCCAGAGUUUAUUAUACUUUAUAUAUCCAGCUGUACAAUCGUGUUUUUUCUACCAUCAUGUACUCAAAGGAAAAGGCUUGAAGAAGAAUUGUGAUAUCCUGUACAUGCAGUUGCUUUGCUUAGAUCAUAAAUGACAGAAGUGCCAUCAUGUCCUCUUCCAUCCAAAUGGAUCUCCACAAGUGCCCUGUCCAGACUCUGACAUGUGUACAGCACCAGAAAGUGUAUGUUGGGAGUGUAGCACCAUGUCUUCGGAACACUUAAAGAACACUUAUAUUUAGGUUUAUUUAGAUAUAUAUCAGACAUUUAUCAAUAGAGUUUGAUACAGCACUGUUAAGUAGCAUAAUCGGAUAAAAAACAUUGCAGUAUUGCACAAACAUCUGAUAGGUGGUAUAUCCACAGCACCCAGUAUCAAGUGCCUUUAUGGCAUUUGUUUUGGUAUUUGAAGCUCCAUAAAGGAAAAUCCGAAGAAAAUGUUCUCAGAAGAAAAUGUAUUAUUUACUAAGCUAAAGCUAUGUGCUUUAUUCUUUUCUAUUUGGACACAUAGUGCAAUUGAACAGACAAUGUGUUAUUAUCUGCCUCAAAACAAAUACUAUGUUUUUUCACGACACUUAUGUAUGUCUAUGUUGGCAAUCCUGCUGCUAUGGGUAAUCUGAAUGGGUGUCAAACAAGGUCACUGUAAUGCUAAUCCGUAUGAACUGACAGCUUUGAAAUGUUUGCCGCUGUAAAUACGAAGAGAAGCAAACAGCAUUACCCCAAACAAUGAAUGCACUUCUGUUCAUAGAUGCUUAUGCACAGGUCCUACAUAUUGUUUUAUGUUAAAAGCUACAAAUGAAAAGAUCUAUCUUUAUUUAUUGUGAGAUACUGUGCCUUGAGCUAAUUUAGUUUUGUUUAAUUAUUAUGAGAAUUCCAAAUUCCAAUAAAAUGUUAAAAAUGA